UACAACAAAAAUGCUUCCAAGAAUUUGGUCUUGUACGGUUAAAAUCAUAAAACAACCUGUCGGAAAAUCAUCAACGCGCAUGACCACGAUCGAUUCUCCAACGGUCGUCGCCGUGGACAACAAAUGUGUGCAACAAUAGAUAAUAAAAGUGCUAUUUACUUACAUUGCUAGACCUGUUCGUGUUUUUCUAAAAUAUCAAAAAUGAAUCAAAAACCGGUCUGGGAAGAUCGUGAGAUCAAAUUCGACAUAACCAAUAUUUGCAAAACUAUCCGCAGUGGUGAGCAGCCACUUGAAAUACUGGACUCCAUAGAGGAUACCAAGGGCAAUCUUGGCGAUCGUGGAAGGCUGCUAGUUACCAAUCUGCGCAUUAUUUGGUAUUCCGUCACGUCCAAUCGGUUCAGUCUUUCGAUAGGGUUCACCUGCGUGCUCACGAUGAACACCAAAACGGUGGUCUCCAAGGUACGAGGGACAACGCAGGCCUUACACAUACUCAGCGUGGGAAACAACUCCAGAUUUGAGUUCAUCUUCACCAACCUUACCGUGAACAAUACCAAGCAUUUUUCGGCGAUUUUCGACAUCUACCGCUUGUAUCAAGCAUCGUUUCUCUACCGCGAGCUCAAACUUCGCUCGGCAAUCGUCAACAGUGGACAGCUGAACGUCCUGCUCCAGGAGCAGGUCUUCAACACAAUCAGCGGAGUCUGGAACCUGUCCAGCGAUCAAGGCAACCUGGGAAUCUUCAUUCUGACCAAUGUUCGCCUGGUGUGGUUUGCCGAGAUGAACAACAGCUUCAACAUCUCGCUACCCUACAUGCAAAUUUCCAACAUUCGCAUCCGUGAGUCCAAAUACGGGCCCGCUCUGGUCAUUCAAACGUUGGAAACGGCCGGAUCUUACGUGCUGGGAUUCCGCAUAGAUCCACAGGACAAACUUUCGGACGUCUACAAGGAGUUGCUGUCGCUUCACAGCGUCUACACCGAGACGCCCAUCUUUGGGGUGUUCUACGAGCAGAAGCCGGACGUAGCUCGACCGCCAACGGAAUCGAUCGAUGAUAUUGAAGAACUAGACACCAAGGCAGGGACGGAAAUUAACAGCAAAUUCACGGCCUAUCUGGCCGAAUCGGAUCCGGGCAGUCGACGGCGGAAGCCGUUCUACUGCAAGGAACUGGGCUUUGCCAUGGAAAGCAUCAAGGAAGGAUACACCUUGAAGGACCUGUGGGAAGUGGUACCUAGCACUUCUUCGUCUGGUUAGAUGAGAUGAAAAAAAAAAACAAUCCCAAGUAAACUCUCUUAGGAUUCUUUGGGGAGAUUCCACUAUUUUUUAAGGAUAUUUCUGUAGGAGCUUCUGUAGAAAUGUAAGGAUAAGCAGCAACCAAUAGAAUUAAUCCCUGCAUACAAAUCUGCAUAAACUUCAGAAAAGAAUCUGAGCAGGACAAUUGUAAGUAGCGACGAAGGAUAACCACGAGCUUGCGACACUCCACGGCAAACCUGGCAUCCGGAACCGGAAGGUGGCAAAAGCUGGAAGGAUACAAUGGGCGAAGCAUGUUGUGAGAAUGCCGGACAACAACCCAGCAAAGCUUAUGUUCGCAAGAGUUUUGGAUGGUACAAGAAGACCUGGAGGACAGAGUGCAAGAUGGGAACGCAGUCAGGACUGUAGCCACGAACCGAGUGUUUUGGUGAAGAAUUGUUGAUUUAGUUUUAUUGUCAUAAUAAUGUCCCUCUCUUUUUCUAAAUAAAUGAAUGAAUGAAUCAAAAUAUACGCGAAAAAAAACCUCUGGUUCAUCGAGAUGUCUAGAUCGACUAUUGUUGUCUUUAGAGAAAAUAUUUCUAUGAAAAAGGUCGAUAUUCUGAACGACAGUUCAAACAUUUUACGUUAUUCGUAAACAGUUGCUGGGCUGCCAAGUUCAACUGCGUUACCUGUACUAUGACUUGUCAACUGUAGUACUUCUGAAGGCCGGGUACCUUAGGCCUCCCGUCCGGUACUCCCAGUUCUCGGAUUUUCCGGAACAAAUUAAGCACUUGAGAGGGUUCGUGCAGCCUUGUGCCUUAUGGCCUUCAUCCCCACAUCACCUACAAAGCUUGCUUCUGUCAGGGCCUGAAGCAAACCUCCGAUAGCUCGUGUAUAUCCAAC